AUCGGCAAAACAGUAACCUUUAAUUUAUAUAUUUGAGACUAAAUGUACGGAGAGUUUUCCAGAAGAAUGAGUUCAACUUGUGUGAUGCAUCUUGACACAUAAACGAUCUUUUUCGUGACGUAUAUUUCGCGCGAAACUCCGUUUGGAAUAGCUAAGUGAAAGUGGACUGGUCAGAAAUGAGUAAAAAAGACAACGGUACGUCACUCAUCCUUGCCUAUCUGAAUGAGAAGAAUCGACCCUACAGUGCACAGGAUGUCUUUUGCAAUUUACAAAAGCAGCAUGGAUUGGGCAAAACUGCAGUUGUCAAAGCCAUGGAGCUGCUGGCUCUAGAGGGCAAGAUAAAGGAGAAAACAUAUGGCAAGCAAAAGAUUUAUUUUGCAGAUCAGGCUCAGUUCAAAGAUGUAAAUGAUGCAGACUUGAAGGCAAUGGACUGUCAGAUCUCAGAGCUCAUUGCAGAGGCGCAGUCCCUCACACAGAGCUGCAGACAGCUGGAUGCAGAGCUGAAGGAACUCAACAGCUCCCUGACAACAGAGGAAAUGAUGUCAGAGAUCCAAGAACUGAAAGCAGAGUGUUCUGAGUACAGAGCGCGUCUGGAGAAGAUAAAGUCUGCCACAAAUCACAUCACACCUGAAGAGAAAGAGAAGGUCUACAAAGAGCGGACUGUUUACGUGAAAGAGUGGAAAAAGAGGAAGAGAUUGGCUUCAGACAUGAUAAAUGCAAUCCUGGAGGGGUAUCCCAAGAGCAAAAAGGAGUUCCUGGAUGAAGUUGGAGUCGAAACUGAUGAGGACUGUAAAGUGGUUGUUCCAAGUAACUGAAAGAACAAGAAAAACGCUUGUUCAGCUACUUGAGCGAUGCCAUAAAACCAGUCCUGAGCCUACAAUGAAAGUGUCAACAAAUUAUUUAUUUUAGCCAAUUUAUUUUAGUUUACAUUCUUUGUUGUUCUUAUUACAUGUCUAAAUCCAGUUUGCUGCCAUGUUUUUUGAAAACAAAAAAAAAAAAGAAACACUUGCAGUGUAUAAAGCAUGGGCAGUCAUUCAUGACCGUCAUUCAUGACCGUCAGGUAUUAUGGUUGUCCCAUUUUUUGUUAAUCAGCCUUUGUACUGUUUAUUGAAAUUGUGGCCAAGCUAUUAAAUU